AUGUCAGAGCUCAAGAAGAGCUCAAGAAUUACAGAGCGAAGAAUUACAACAACUAUGCCGAGCUAUUGGCAUACAUACCUUGCAAUUAGAGUUUUUCUCCUGAUUCUGGUUCAGCCAAGCUACGCACAGUUUAAAAUACUUGGCGUUGCAUCGGGUCGUUCCACCAGCGACAACGUCGAAGUUGCACUAGUGCACAUUCGACCUUUGUUGCAGCACCCGACGGAACCGGUCGCGCCAAGAUCAUUUGAAGAUGCACCGAUAUCAAUCGCAAUCAGCACCAGCGAAGCAGUAACGACAGCGGAUACGGCACCGGUCGAGCUUGAAAGCAGUAAAAUCAUUAAGCUCCAAAUUAUGGAUCCUUCAGCGGCUCGCAACAUAUCCACAAGGGAAGGCAAAUUGCAGUACAGUAAUCAUCUCACCGAUAAUGACAUUAUAAACAUCGCUCCAUUGAAACUAUCCUCGAAUCCUGCUACAACAGCGAUUCCUGCGCCAUCCCACCGCAGAAGAGCCACUGGAUCAGUUACACUAACGGGUGACUCAGAGUUGUUCUACAUUCACACGCCUUCCUCGCCGGCACCCUUUAAAAAGCAUUAUCAAACGAAAGAAAAUGAUAUCAUUUCCGAUUUCGUGCUUCAACGCUACAAGCGCCGGAAAUACAAGUCCAAAUGCCGCUGCGAACGAAUCUGGAAUUGUCCGCGGAUUCAGUUGUCCAUUGCGAGAUGUGCACCUGAUUACUUUAUGUGUUGUUUCUAA